UGGUACGAGAGCCACCUACCUCAUAACUUCCCCUUCAUUUAGCUACUGAUAAGAAAAUAAGAGACCCCCUAUGUGGGCUUCUUCUAUCCACUCAAUUUAGUUCCCACUUGUAAUCUAUCACUCUCUUCUAAAUCGGUUAAUUUUAAUGUUAAUGACCAUUGGGUUCUCUUUUCUUCCUUCUACUUUCAUACCCAUCUCUUAUUUUGUGCGCAUUAAGUGUUUGAUGAUUUGUCUAUGAGAAGUUGAGCGGAUUUUUUGAGCUGGGUUUUGUUUAUUUUAGCUUGACAUUUGGUGGUUUUAGAUUUCUGGGUCUGACUAGGAACGAUGUCUGUCAUAUGCCAGAGUCUUGAUUUUGGAAGGCAUGUUUUGGAUUAUGUUGCUUGUGGUUGUUCUUCCAAUACUCCAUUGGAUCCACAUACGGUCAGGAGUCAUGUCAAACUGUCUACUAAGGGUAGAAAGAGGCGACACCAAGCUCGAACUUUGAUUUGUUCUCGACGAAAGGUUGGGCAGUGCAGAGUGUUUUCAACUACGAAACCAGAAACUGUUUUGAAUGGCAUUACUGGUGGUCCUCAAUCAUUCUUGGAACUGAGGAGGGAGCCCAGAAGCCCAAUCUCGUCGACAAGUUUGUUUGAAGUCGUAGCCGAUGAUCUCCAGAAGCUUAACCAAAAUCUUCUGUCUAUGGUUGGUAAGGAGAACCCAGCCCUGGUAUCUGCUGCUCAGCGGAUAUUUGGUGCUGGAGGGAAGAGGAUGAGACCAGCUCUAGUAUUCCUGGUGUCAAGAGCAACGGCCGGACUGGUUGGGUUAGAGGAACUCACUGUGGAGCAUCGGCGUUUGGCAGAGAUCAUUGAAAUGAUCCAUACUGCAAGCUUGAUACAUGAUGAUGUCUUAGACGAUAGUGAUAUGAGGAGAGGGAAGGAAACCUUGCAUCAAUUAUAUGGUACCAGAGUGGCGGUGCUGGCUGGAGAUUUCAUGUUUGCACAGUCAUCGUGGUGUCUUGCUAAUCUCGAAAACCUUGAAGUCAUUAAGCUUAUCAGUCAGGUUAUUAAAGAUUUUGCAAGUGGUGAAAUAAAGCAGGCAUCAAGCCUGUUUGAUUGUGAAGUUGAACUGGAAGAAUAUUUGAUCAAAAGCUAUUAUAAAACAGCUUCCUUAAUUGCUGCCAGUACCAAAGGUGCUGCAAUAUUUAGUGGGGUUGAUCGUGAUACGACUGAGAAGAUGUAUGAGUAUGGAAGGAAUCUUGGUCUCUCAUUCCAAAUUGUCGAUGACAUAUUGGACUUUACACAAUCAACAAAGCAGCUUGGGAAGCCGGCGGGAAGUGAUCUGGCUAAAGGAAAUCUUACAGCCCCAGUUAUAUUUGCUCUGGAGAGAGAGACGAAAUUGAAAGACAUCAUCGAAUCGGAAUUCAGUGAGCCGGGGUCUCUCGAAGAAGCCAUCCGCAUAGUCAAGAGCAGUGGUGGCAUUGAAAGAGCGCAGGAAUUAGCUAAACAAAAGGCUGAUCUUGCUAUCCAAAACCUUCAAUGCCUUCCACAAAGUGCCUUUCGGUUCGCGCUUGAGGAUAUGGUAACGUUUAAUCUAGAACGGAUCGAUUAGUUUAGUUUAAGGAAAAUAUACUUGGAAUUUGAUCAAAGGAUACAGUCUGGCGCAAUCCCUCGGAAAUCAUGAAAAGAGACUACACCUUUUGCCAUCACACAAGCUCUGGUAUGUUACUGGUUGGUUGGGUUGUUGUAUAUUGGUUGAACAUGUUGAGCUGAAAAUAACUGCUCAUGGUAUCAUAUUGAAUUAUAGAUUUGAUGCAAGUUGUUCUGACAUGGAAUGUCUGUUUCUGAUAGCUUCUGUAAUCUGUAUACUAAAUUCUAAUAAAAUUUAUACAUUUUCUUCCCUUUCAUC